AUGACCCCUCCGUCCCAUCGAUCUCACUGCGUUCACCCCACCGCGAUGGUGAUGGACCCUUCCGCGGCGGCGGCGCCCGCGGCGGUGCCGGGCGCGCUGGCGGGGCCGGUGGUGGACGGCGUGAGCGCGCUGGACUGCAGCCCGCAGGGCCUGGCGGCGUUCAGCAGCGGCGCCGCCAUCAGCGUCGUCGACCUCGCCAGCAUGCAGCUCGUCCACACGCUCGUCGCGCCGCCGCCCCCCCUCGACCGCUCCGGGGGCCUCGCGGGCGGCGCGGCGGAGACGGCGGGCGUGGUGGUGCCGGUGACGGCGGCGCGGUUCAAGCCGGGCGGGCUGGACCGCGACCUCGCGCACCUCUCCAGCCUGCAGCUGGCGGCGGGCGACCGCGCGGGGCGCGUGGCGCUCUGGGAGGUCGUGCGCGAGGAGGUGGACCGCUGGCUGCUGCCCGACCGCGCGGGGGGGGCGGCGGGGGGAGCGGGGGGCGCGGGCGGCAGCGCGGGCGGCGGGGCGGCGGGGUCAGUGGAUGCGGUGGAGUGGGUGAUGGGGCGGCCGUGGCUGCUGGCCGUGCUGCACGCCAGCUGCGCCGCCGUCGUCUGGGACCUCUCCUCCUCCUCCGCCGCCUCCUCCUCGCCUGCCGCGGCCGCCACGGCGACGCCACGUGUCAUCUGGCGGUACGACGGGUCGGCGUCGCCCACGGGCGAGCUGCUGGUGUCGCUGGCGCUGGACCCCCACGACCCGCGCCGCCUUUGCGUGCACGGCGCGCGCGGCCUCGUGCUCGCGCUGCAGGUCGACCUGGGCGCGCCGGGCAAGGGGGGCGCGGGGGGGAGCGGUGGAAGUGGGGGAAACGGGGGGGGAGCGGGCAAGGAGAGGGGCGUGAGCAUCAAAACCACCACGCUGCAGCUGCCCCUGCCAGAGCCUGGAGGGGGGGGAGGCGGAGGGGGAGGGGGUGCGACAGGGGGGGCAGCAUCAGUGGUGGCGUGUGCGUUCGCCCCGCACACGCGCGACCUGCUGUACGCGGUGCUGCCGCGGGACAUCGUGUGCUUCGACCUGCACUUCGGGUGCGCCGUGGCCUCCUCCUCCGUGCCUCGCAGCGUGGCGCGGUUGACGCGGCUGCUGCUGCCGCCGUCCAGCGACGUGCUCUACUGCCUCCACGCCGACGGCAAACUCUCCAUGUGGCAGCGCCGCCCAGGGCGCCAGCUGUACAUGAUCCGCACGGUGGAGCCGCUGGUGCCCUUGCCCGGCAGUGCAGCACCGUCCCCGGGCGUGCUGGCGGCGGUGUUGUGGCCGCAGCCGUUCCGCGAGGCGCAGCUCGUGCUGCAGGCCGUGCCCGCCACCACCCCGCGCCCCAAUGGCAGCCUGGGGGGCGGCGUGGCGGCGGGUGUGAGCUUGCACGGCGUGAGCAGCUGCCAGGUGGUGUGUGUGAGCGACGACAACAAGCUCUGGCACUGGCUUGCCAGCACUGCCCCCGUGCCGGGGGGCAAAGGGGGGGUGGGAGGAGCGGGGGAUGGGGAGAAAGGGGAUGGUGGGGAGGGUGGUGCGAGGGGCGGUCGGGGGAGUGGGGGGGGUGGAGGAGGGGGAGGAGAGGCAAGUGGUGGCGAGGGGGCGAGUGCGAUGGGUGACGGCGUGGAGGUGGCCAUGAAGCUGGAGCUGCUGGGCAUGUUCCACGGCUUCUCCUCCGCGCCCACCACCCUCUCCGUGCCCGCACCUUCCCUCUUCUCCUGCGUCUCAGGUCUGAGCACGGCAACGGGGUCGCUGGCAGCAGCAGCAGUACCGCUAGUGGCGGUGGCAACGCAGGAGGGCGGGGUGGAGCUGGUGGACACGGCGGUGCAUGCCAUCGCGGCGUCGUUCCUGCUGCACCCCUCCAUGGUGCGCGGCGUGCGCUGGCUCGGCAACACCCGCCUCGUCUCCUUCUCCUUCCAAGAGGCGAAGGCGGGGGGGUACGAGAACAGGGUGGUGGUGACGUGCAUCCGCAGCGGCGAGUCUCGCCCCUUCCGCCAGCUGCAGCAGCCUGACAAGUCGCCCAUGCGCGGCCUCCGUGCAUCGCCCUCCGGCAGGUACUUGCUCAUCCUCUUCCGCGAUGCUCCAGCUGAAGUGUGGGCCAUGACUCGCACACCCCAGAUGCUGCGCUCCCUGGCGCUGCCCUUCACGGUGAUGGAGUGGGCGCUGCCGCCCGUGCAGAGCCCCACUGCGCUCGACCCGCACUCCUCCACGCAGCGCCACGUGCACG